AUGGCCGCGAGGACUGCGCUUGAGGACAACAGCCCUGUCACUCAGCCAGACGUCGCCCUCACCACCUUCGCCUCUUCCGGCCUUCUCUUGGCCGAUGACGAUGCGGCGCCACCGAAUGGAGUGGAUAGAAUUGACGACAACGACGUGGAAGACUCCAAAUCCACCUCAACUGCGAAAGGGAAAGAUGUCACCACUCCCCAGAGCACCACUUCGCCAACAGAGGGGGCUGAGGACGCACCAGAGACACGGAAAGAGCGCGCGUGGAGGGGCAUUCGAUCAGCCGGGCGUAUCGCGCUCACGGGCACCGCGUUCGGAGCAGACGCCUACCUGUUGCAGGUGACGUCUAUGGUAAUCCCCAUCAUGGCGGAGGUGUACCCGCAGACCGACACCGACGCCUCGCUGGUCUCCACGGCCGCCCUGCUCGGGGCCAUGCUAGGCCAGCUGCUGUUCGGCUUCAUCGCCGACAUGGUAGGCCGCCGGAUAGGGUUCGCCAUCACCAUCGGGGUCUUCACGCUGGGCGCCAUCGCCAGCAGCGCCGUGGGCAACCGAGCCGUGGUCUACUACCUCCUGGCCCUGUUCCGCCUCGUGGUCGGGUUCGGCGUGGGCGGCGAGUACCCGCUGGCGGCCAGCAUCGCCUCGGAAAACGCCGAGGACGCGAACCAGAAGCGCGGUCGGGCCGUGGCCUUCACCUUCGCGAUGCAGGGCGUGGGCGCGUUGGCGGUGCCGCUCGUCGCGCUGCUGCUGCUCAUCUGGUCGUCGGACCUCGACCUGGUGUGGCGGCUCUGCCUGGGCCUCGGCGCCGUGCCGGGCCUGGUCACGCUGCCCUUCCGCCUGACCAUGGCCGAGACCGGGCAGUUCAAAGCCGCCCAGUCCCGUGAGCGACUCCGAGGGUCGCGCUCGCUGUGGCGUCGGGUACAGUGGCGGUGGGUGGUGCUGAAGCGGUACUGGCGCGAGCUGAUCGGCACGACGCUGACGUGGCUCCUCUUCGACGCACUGUUCUACGGCAACACACUCUUCACGCCGACGCUGCUUGACUCCAUGGGCAUGGCCGACGGCGAUACGCCGCGCGCCCGGCUGCAGAACCUGGCCGAGCUGUCGCUCAUCAUCGCUGCCAUCGCCCUGCCCGGCUACGUGGUGGCCGUGCUCCUGAUCGAUCGCAUCGGGCGGCGGUAUAUGCAGCUCCAGGGCUUCCUCCUCAUGGCCCUCAUCUACGCCGUCAUCUCCACCUUCUACGACGACAUCUCCGACAUCACGCCGCUCUUCCUCCUCCUCUACGGCGCGACGUACUUCUUCGCCAGCUUCGGCCCGAAGAUGACCACCUUCGUCAUACCGAGCGAGCUCUAUCCGACCGAGGUACGCGCCUUCUGCCACGGCAUCUCGGCGGCCGCGGGCAAGCUCGGCGCGAUCAUCGGCACCUACGCCUUCAAGUACAUCCUCUCGGCGUCGGGCGUGGCCGUCGUGCUCAAUAUAUGCGCCAUGAUCGCGGUCGUGGGCCUCUUUGUGACGACCCUCUUCACGCCCGAGACGCGCCUGCUCCGGCUCGCGCACGCCCCGUCGAUGUCCGCCCAGGCCCCACCCGACCACAUUCGAGCGAUGUGGGCCGGUCACGACGCGGCCGCCGCAGACGACGACGACGACGAUGAGAGCGAUAUGCUGGACGACUCCCUGCCCGUGUCCUCGGCCGACUCGCUGGACACGAGCGGAGGUCCCGGGCCGCGAACAGACUCCGACGAACGAGGCGGCACCGAACUGCGGGAGCUGGAGGGUGUCUAG